AUGUUGAGUAGGACUUUAGGAAGACGGUCUAUUCAUACAGUACCGAAAUUGACAAAUAUUAAAGAAUUAAGUAAAUCAGGUAUCCCAAAGAUCUAUUCAGCAAAUGGUUUCAAUACAGUAUGGUCAGAUUAUCAAAAAUAUUUAUGUGAUAAGCUUACAUUAGCUACAGCUGGUAGUACAUUAGAAUCAUAUUAUCCGUUCCAUAUUAUGUUAAAUACGGCAAAGAAAUCAUAUCAAAGUAACAUAUUUAAUUUAGCUAGUGCAAUUCAUAAUAAUCAUUUAUUUAUUGAGAACAUUAUGCCAGUGAAAGAGAAUGAAUCAAAUCAACCAUCCAAACUUUUAUUAAGCCGUAUUCAGGAAUCAUUUGAUUUGGAAUGGGAAGAAUUAAAGACCGAUAUUGUUAAAUUAAUUGAUAAAAAAAUUGUUGGACAAGGCUGGUUUUUCUUAAUUGAAAAUUCAAAUAAAGAGAUUCAUUAUUUAUUUUUACAAAAUAAUGGUACACCAUAUUACUUCCCACGUAAUCAAUUAUUUGAUUUAAAUGUUCCAAUAAAUUUAAAUGAAUUCACUCAUUUAGAAAAAAUGAAAGAUUUACUUAAGGGACAAGGUAAGACAAAGAUUAAAGAUUGGAGUAUGCCAUUAAUUUGUAUUAAUUUAUGGGACCAAGCAUAUUUAUCGGAUUAUGGUGUCGGUAAAAGAUCUGAAUAUGUUAAAAAUAUACUGGAUAAUUUGAAUUGGAAUGUUGUAAAUAACCGUUUAUACAAAUAA